AAGCGUGGCACCGCCCGCUCUGCAAGCACCACACAUUUCACUUUCGUUUACAAUUAUGGCUCUUUUUUAAACCGCGCAUUUGUUAACAUCAUGAAUAUCCUUGUCUACCCACGUUUUUUCAUCAUCUUUUUGUGUCUCUUGAGCUCUUCGGUGACCAAAGAGUCUCCACCAAUAGUUCAGGUGUACAGUCGGACACCGGGAUACUUAGGGAAACCCAACGUCCUCAUCUGCCAUAUGAGCAACUUCUACCCACCGCUGAUCAAAGUCGACCUUCUGAAUGAUGGCAAGGUGUCGACGGAGGCCACUGAGACGGAGCUGUCCUUUGAGGAGAACUGGGAAUACUACAUGACCAAAUAUAUUCCCUUCACCCCACAAAAAGGGGAGGAGUAUACCUGCCGUGUGACCCACAUGGGAGUAUCCAGAUUGUUUGUUUGGGAACCUGAUACCUAAUUUCUACACACUCCCUUUUUUCAGUUGAAGGCACGUCAUCGAUGGCUUCCACUCUCUGUGGUUGUGUCUACGGAGAAAAGAUCUUUGAAGUUUGAAGUGUGGACAUUACAAGAGGAACUUAUUUUGUACUUUGCCUUAAAUGAACAAAAAAACACACAUUUUCUGAUGAUUCCCUUAACGUUUUCCGCCCUCAAACUGUAAUACAAGUAUAAUAAGUAUAUAAUAAAACAAAUAGAAAGUAUUCAGCUACUCAA